AGUUUCAGUUGACAGUCAACCUGAUAAAGUUUCUCGUCUCCUGACUGGUCACCGAUAGGUUCCAACCACGUAGUUGAGAUAAAAAAUAAAAAAAUGACGCCAAUUCGAAAUUUCUGUUUCGUCGCGUCUUUAUUAUUUGCAAUUGUUAACUGUGCACCCUUAAAAGUGUUGGAUGAGCAAAAUUGGGAUGAAAUGCUCAAUGGGGAAUGGAUGGUAGAAUUCUACGCUCCAUGGUGCCCUGCAUGCCGAGCCUUGGAACCAGUUUGGGUGGACUUUGCUUCGUGGAGUGAUGAUUUAGGAAUUAAAGUUGGACAUGUUGAUGUUACCACUUCUCCUGGUUUGAGUGGUCGCUUCAUGGUUACAGCCCUUCCAACAAUUUAUCAUGUCAAAAAUGGAGUUUUCCGCCAAUAUCGUGGUACGCGAGACAAAGACGAGUUCAUUAGCUUUGUUGAAGAGAAAAAAUGGGAACAAGUUGAACCUAUCCCUGGUUGGAAAUCUCCAUCUUCCAUUCAGAUGUCUAUUGUUUCUGGAUUCUUCAAAUUGUCUAUGAUGCUGAGAAAUAUUCACACCCAAAUCACAGAAGAACAUGGAAUUCCAUACUGGGGAUCCUACUUGCUAUUUGCUCUUGCCACCAUAAUUGUUGGAGCUGUUCUAGGCCUCGUUCUAGUUUUUCUCAUCGAUUGCUUCUACCCUGCCAAAGUUGCUGUAAAAAGAAGCGACCUUAAUAAGGCAUCGAAACAAAACGAAAAAGAUGAUGAUGAUGAAGACAUAUUAGACGAAAACACCCAAUCUGAGGGAAAAGAUGAAGACGAUGAAUUCAGCCAGUCAGAGCAGGACGAAGCUAUGGCUGACGAAGGUUCACAGGACGACGAAGAAGUAAAUGAGAAAAAUAAAGAAGAAACAGCUGAAGAAGGUCCUUCUUCAUCCAGUCCUGACGUUCGAAAAAGACGUAGUCGGAAAGCAGACUAAUAACUCACCAGCUGCUAUACCUAAUUACUAACAUGAUAUUUCUAUUUUCCCUAAAAAUGUUGGUUAGGAUCUGAGUGAAUGGGAAUGAUAAUUUUAUCAACUUUGCCUGGCUUGUUGCCUUCUUUGUUAAAUAACCUAAGUGAUAGAGAAAUCUGGGGAGCUGUAACCAAUCUUGAGAGCCUUCUGAUCCAAGAUUUAUCCAGGAUCUCUCAAUGGGUACGCACACUUUGAAAGGGAAAAGUCUUCGUUCUAAUCUCAAAGCCUUUCUUCACUUCUUUAUAACUCGUAUUUUUUAAGUUUCUUGUGCAGGGCUAGGGGCAUUCCAAAAUCUCCUCUUUAUGAUUGUCUUACUGCCCAGUUGAAUUGAUUGUCGUUGAUGAUGGAGAUGAAACUAAUACAUUGAAGUGAAGUUA